AUGGCGGACGCCAUCCCGCAGCUGGUGCGCAGCUUCCUGCGAGAGGAAUACGCACAGGUAGACCCUCAGCUGCCGGCCAUCCUUGCAGAGCUGCGGCGCGUCGGCGCAACUGAAUGCUGGCACAAGAAGAGCACGUUUGCGCAGCACCUGUUUGAGGUGUACAAGAUGCUGACGAUCUGGGGCCAGGACAUCACGCUGCGACACUGCGGCCUGCUGCACAGCGCGUACAGCAACUGCUAUGUCAACUUGGCGGUGUUCAAGGCUGACACAGACAGGCCGCACGUGUCUGACCUGGUGGGGCCCGAGUGUGAGGCGCUGAUCUACCGGUUCUGCACCAUAGACCGCCACGACCUCAUCUACACUCAGCUGCUCGACAAGAUCCCGGACGAGGGCCCCUACGAGGUGCCGGCCGACGGUGUGAUGGGGCGCAACAUCAAGACGGGGGAGCGCGAGCCUGUGGGGGUGUACGAGCUGGGGCAGUUCCUGGUGUUCACCAUCGCUGAUUUUUGCGACCAGCUGAUGAGCUGGCAGGAUGACAUGUUUGAAAACCAGGACGGCCUGCUGCGCUACGCCGGCCACCAGCCCCAGUUCCUCUGGCCCUGCGAGGUCAAGCCCGGCCGCUGGGUGCACACCCUCAGCAAAAUGGGCGCCCUGCUGGCCAGCUGCAACGCCCGCCUCGCCGCCUCCGGCGCCGGCCGCAGCUUCCCGCUGCCGCCCGUCUUCGACGGCUGCAGCCGGGUCCUGGGGGUGCGGGAGGAGCUGCGGGCGCGGGACGCGUACUGGCGGGCGGUGACGGAGCUCAGGGGCCCGGGCGCGCAGGCGGAGGCGAUGGCGGCGCUGAGGUCGGCGGCAGAGGACAACCCCUUUGUCGCCGAGCCGCACGCGCUGAUGGCGCAGCUGCACCUGCAGGCGGGCCGCGCGGGGGACGCGGAGGCGGCGGCGCUGCGCGCUCUGCGGCUGCUGUGCGACUGGGGGACGUGCUGGGACAAGAGGAUGCCCUGGAGCGCCAUUGCUCCACAGCAAGCGGCAGCAGCAGCGGGGCAAACAGAGCAAGCAGCGGGCUCAAGCGCCAUAGCUGUGGGCGCGGUCACACCCGGCGACACCCCAGGGCUGCCCCUGCUCCUCAACGAUGUGCGCGUAAUCCUGGUCGCCCCAAAAACACCCUCCAACGUCGGCGCGGCAGCGCGCGCCUGCGCAAACUUCGAGGCCCUCGACCUGACGGUGGUGGCGCCGCGCUGCGACCCCCGCGCCGGCGAAGCCUAUAAGGUGGCCUGCGGCGAGCGCGUGCUCGAGCGGCUGCGGGUGUUCGACACCCUGCAGGACGCGCUCGCAGACUGCACCAGCAGCGUCGGGUUCACGCGGCGCGCGGGGCGGACGCGGCUGACGCACGCGAGCAUAGGGGCGAUGCUGCGGGAGUUUCCGGACACGAUCCCCGGCAUGGUGCAGCGAAAGCAGCAGCAGCAGCAGCAGCAGCAGCAGCAGCAGCAGCAGCAGCAGCAACAGCAGCAGCAGGAGGAGGAGGAGGAGGAGGAGGAGGAGCAGCAGCAGCAGGCGCAGCGAGGUGGAGCAGAGGCCUGGCGGGAGGAGAUCAAGCAGCAGCAGCAUCAUGACGUGUGGAGCGAAAUCGCCAGCCAAGGCAAAACGGCGCUGGUGUUUGGGCGUGAGGAGAGCGGCCUGACGGAGGACGAGCUGCGGCUGUGCACCCACGCCUGCGCGAUACCAAGCGGCCGUGUGCAGCCCAGCUUGAACCUGAGCCACGCCGUGGGUGUGGUGCUGUCUGACCUGUUUGAGCGCCGCCUGGAGGCCCUGGGCCUGGAGGAGCUGCCGGUCGGCCAGGACGUGACAGGCGACCCCUGGGUGGAUGCGGGGCUGCAGCCCGCCACGGCGUCGGAGCUGGAGGCGCUGCUCCAGAAAGUGGCUGCCGUUGCGCGCGCGGUCGGCAUGAGGUGGGCGCUGCGCUUCUCGUUCAGGCAUCAUGUAGCUUGA